UCCAGGAACAGGGUUUGAGAGCCCUGGCCUAGACAUGGUCUGGGACAUCAGUGCAUCUGACGUUUCACUGUAGAGCUUUUUGGUAUUGUCUAUCUAGCUAGGCCUACAUAAUUCAGCUAAUUGGGUCAGUGGCAGCCUUCAUAGGACCUAUUUCAUUGUGGCAGUAACCAGUUGUUUUUGCCUUCUCUACGGACAAGACAAAGCAGUGUGGACCUGCCCCUUUAAGAGAAGAGGAGUUCCAGCGAUUUGAAUGCUGCAGAUUCAGAAUCCACAGUAGCCUACCUGCCAGUAAAAUAGAGCAUUCAAGAGCAGGAGCAGCAGGCAACUAACUGCACUUGCAUCACAACACAACCACACGGUCGUGGACGGAGGAAUGGGGGGGGGUGUACAGCUAGUUAGAUUUCCCGAUAAGGAAAAGCUCACUACACUCAAUUAAGAUGGUGUCGUGGAUUAUCUCCAGGAUGGUAGUCCUGGCCUUCGGGACCCUCUACCCGGCCUACUCCUCAUACAAGGCUGUCAAGACGAAGAAUGUGAAGGAAUAUGUGAAAUGGAUGAUGUACUGGAUAGUGUUUGCGUUAUUCACCACAGUGGAGACCCUCACUGACUUGUUCAUGUCCUGGUUUCCUUUCUACUUUGAGUUGAAGAUAGCCUUUGUGAUCUGGCUCCUGUCUCCGUACACUAAGGGCUCCAGCGUGCUCUACCGCAAGUUCGUCCACCCCACCUUGUCCAACAAGGAGAAGGAAAUAGACGAGUACAUCACCCAGGCCAAAGACCGUAGUUAUGAGACUAUGAUGAGGUUUGGAAAGAGGGGGCUGAACUUGGCUGCUACAGCCGCCGUCACCGCAGCUAGCAAGGGCCAGGGUGUGCUGUCGGAGAAGCUGCGUAGUUUCAGCAUGCAGGACCUGACUCUGAUCAACGAUGGGGAGGAGCUGGGCCUGCGUUCCUCUGACCCGCGCAUAAGAAGAGACGCCAUGGACGACACAGUUACUGGAAGUAGUACGCUAUCUAACACACUGCCCCGCGCCAAAGCCACACGCCAGACUCGCUCCUCCAUGGUUCCUCAUCUUGACGAAUCAUCGCAGCACAGCUCGGACCAAUCAGACACCAGGAGCAUCACCACGGAGCAUUCUGACGAGGACGUCGUAGAGAAGGCCCCCGUGAAACGCACGGCCAGCAUCAGGGCAACCAAAAAACCUGCCGCUGCCAAGACAGAGACGACUACUACUACUAAGACGGUGAAAAAGAUGCCAAAGAAGAAGACUGCCACUACAGCUAUAGCCAGCAACAACGGCGAGUCACAAUGAUACCUGAAUCUACUGUCCCGAUCUACACCCUACUGUACGCUACUACACACACACACACACACACACACAGACACAGACACAGACACAGCCAAGGACCUCUGGACAGUCACUCUUGCCAGUUAAGCGCAACUCACAGGUUUCGUUCUAUUAUAUAUGCCCAGCUUCAUUUCAACUCACAGGUUUCGUUCUACUAUAUAUGCCCAGCUUCAUUUCAACUCACAGGUUUAGUUCUAAUAUAUGUAUGCCCAGCUUCAUUUCAACUCACAGGUUUAGUUCUAAUAUAUGUAUGCCCAGCUUCAUUUCAACUCACAGGUUUAGUUCUAAUAUAUGUAUGGCCAGCUUCAUGUCAACAGCACUUUUUAUUUAACCUGCUGCUUACAUUUGAAGUUGUAUAGUCAUUGACAUCAGUGUAUGUAAGUGCAUGUUUUGUUUGAGGUAAUGGCAGUGGCCUGUAAGGUAAUUAACUAAGGCCUGUUAACUGAACUGAAAAUGUGUUGCUUCCUUCCUCCUGUACUGUUUACAGCCUUCUCUGUGUUGUCUAUCCAAGGCCUCACACUGGAUUGACUUGACUUAAUCCUCUUGGGCCCUUUAGGAGCAUAGGGCAUCCACCCUGGCUCUUCAACUCACUCACUGUGCGAGGGCUUUUGCGUCUUGCCAGGAGAUUCCUGCUGGAUUAUUGGAUACGCAUUCUUUCUCAGGAUCAGCUUAAGCUGCCUGAGUCCUUAUGUUACCCAAUGCUAAACUGGCCUUAGAUCAGUGUUUUAAGGGCAGCAUUCCAAUCAGUAUGUUAUCUACUCUCUAUUGGAAGGUAGUUUGAGGCUGCCAUGUAGAGGAAAGUACUAUAGCGGACUAGGCAUGUCUGGAGGAGAGAGCAGGGAGGCCAGGGAAGAGAGGAGAGAGCAGGGAGGCCAGGGAAGAGAGAGAGAGAGAGGGAGGGGUGCAAAAGAGUUGUGGACCGGACAGACUAGCUCUGUUCAACAUGUCCUUACUACAGAGAUCAGUCUCACCGCUGUCUGUGGAAGUCUAUAGGGCCAUGCUCCUAUCCCCUUUGGGAAGUCUGUCUGUACAUGGAGGCGGUCUUGUCAUCUCUGGAAAGCGGAGGACAUUUUGGGAGCACUUAGAUCUUUAACUGUGUUAAGCUCAUGCCAAGGUUUCUCAUAUCAUUCACUCUGCUGUUGUGGAGCAGUAGUGCCCAUCGAGACUGAUAAACACUUGGUCACGUGCAGGCAAAGCGAUGAACAGAGCGGUGUGUGUGUGUUCUCCCUCUGAACAACUCCACCAAUCCUCACUCGGUGCAGAACAGAAAGUCCAGCAGAAAGACCCACAGAUUCAGGCGUCAUUACCUUUUUUGUGCGUGUUGUGUCUCUGCAUUGGUGUAUGCGUGUUUAUAUUUUUGGAACGUGACCACACUUCUGUUUCCCCCCCUCCUCUCUGUUGACCCAACUGCAUAGAGCCAGAAUGACAUUUAGCAUUCUAUGACCACUUAUAAUCACAAACAUUUAUUUGAUUCAUUUAAAACUCAUUUACAACAUGUUGAUAAUGCGUUUAAAAUCAUUGAGGAUGACGACGUUAAUGGUCCUAUUAAAUGACUCAAAUGUACAGACAGUACAUAGUAGGCCUCUGCUACACAGUAGACCUAGCAUACUUGGGUUAAAAGUUUUAUUUUUAUUUUUUUACAUUUGUUUAGUGCUUUUCAAAGCACACAAAAAGUGAAACAUUGAAAUGAUGGAGAUUGAAAAUCUGCUGUUUUUGGGAUGAAGUUGAGGCAAUUUGAGCUGGAAAGUCAUUGUAGGUUCACAGGAGAGGGCAUCGACGGGACAGCCAAGGAGAAACGAAGAGUCCGGAAAAAAACGGGCCCAGAGCUCUACAACAGUGCACCACCUGUUUUUCUGAAUGGUCAGUCACUCGAUUGGAGUCAGGAAUGUAGCGCCCACCUGGGUGAGGCCACAGCUGCUGAAAAGCCACUACAUCUUGACAGUGGUUAGGAGCAUUCCCUGAACGGUCCCUGAACGGUCCCUGAACGGUCCCUGAACGGUCCCUGAAUUUCCUCUGGCGACAGAAUGCAGUUCUUGCUGUAAUCCUUCCAAACGGAUUAAACAAAAAAACGGAUUAUUUUGAAUCCAGACAAACCGCUAGCUAUCAAGCCAAAAGAUGGACUUUUCAUCACAAUCCUGCAACUCUGAGAGUCAAGACCACAGGAUAUAGAGCAGUCAAAACCCACAAAAUAAAUACAAAAAUUUAGAGCUCUUUGCCUAGGCUAUGUUAUGAUGCCAUGGCAACCACAGAACCAAUAAGCAUAAUCAUCAUAAUAUUAUAACCAUCAAUAACAUCAAUGUCUUACACUCCAGCGCUUAGCCUAGCUAUACUGUACUCUCCUGUGUCUGACAACCAAACAUUUGAAUUGAAUUGUGUUAGACUUGUGCUUUAGGGUUAUUUUUGGAUACUCUAAGUUGGGCGGACACACAGGACGUGUGGACAUUUUGCCGUUAGCGGCGUCAGGGUGGUGUUGUGCCCUAUUAGGAAGACCUUCAGGCUGUCUGGCUCUUACCUGGGUGAGCACCCCAGUCUGACUGGUGAAAUAUCUGAGGGAUCAACUACUAUCAUAGUCCUAAAUUGUCACACUAGGUGUUGUCAACUAUUGUAGCCUAUAUGACUAAUGUCACACACUACUUAUAUUCCCGAAUAGGUUAGUUAUGCAUGACAUAUCUCUACUUCUGGGCCUGUAUCCACGAUGCGUCUCCAAUUAGGAGUGCCGAUCUAGGAUCGGGACCCUACCUGUCUGUGUAAUCAUAUCAAGGAAUCAAAUCUGAAGGGCCUAGAUCAGCACUCCCACGCUGAGGCGCUUUAAGGACACGGGGCCCAGAUGUCUGUUAAUCCAGGGUCUCGACCAUAUCGUUGUUUCUCUGAAAGAGGGCAGCUAAACUAGCAUUAACCUCGUCAUCUGACAGUAGCCACCUCAAACAUGGUGGAAACUGGCUUACCCUGUUAGAGAGAUGUAAGGAUACUGUGGAUAAAUGAUCUUCCAAUAGUGUCUAAAACUGUUAAAACGAUGUGCCCUGCUAGUGUUUUUCUUUAAAAAAUAUGUAUACAUCCAUAGCAUACAGGUGGGUUUUUGGAUGAGUUCUUUAGGGCAUCUAAUCAAAUGCCCUUUAAACUAUUGCCUGAAAUCUAACCCUAACCUUGUCCCUACCCUCAGACACCUCUUGUCAAUCUCCCCUAGAUACUGUGGUAGAGUGCAAAGGAUUGCAUGGGAUUAGCUAUAAAAAAAAAAUAAAAAAAACUGUGACAAGAGCACCACCUAGCUUCCUUGUAGAUUAGAGUUUCCACCAUGUUGUGCUUUGUCUUACACCUAUCUGAUCCUCUCAUAUCCAGGACUGUGUUGGGUUAAUUCGAACGUAAGGAGUUGAUUUUUGGACUGGGUGUGCUUUAUGGGUUCCUUUUUGCUUUGGGCAGGUUUUAAUGAGUCUAAAUUGAAAGCAUGAGACUACUGCACUUGUGUGUUGCUGCUGUCUGUAUGCAGUGUGACACUGAUUUGAACCAGUAGUGGGAGACAUACUCCAACCGUUUUAGAGAUACUGAAGUGUUUGAAGUUACUUCCAUGUACACACGAUGUAAAAGUAAUUUCCUGAUUGUAUAAAAUAGUUUGCUUGCCUUACUCUUCAUGAAUACAUAUGUUUUUCUUUUCUUUUUUUUAAGACUUGAUUUGUAUUUUUGGGUUUUAAAAUUAAAUCAUAUUGGAUUUCCUUAAGAGGAGGCACCUCAAACCCUCUGUAAAGUCUUAUGCUGUGAAGAGUGCUACUUGUGUUUUUUUUUAAUCUCUUCUUGAUUUUUCUGUCUCAAGAAGAGGCAUUUUAAUUGGUCAGUGAACGACCAAUAACAGUUGCUUUCCUUGUCCCAGUCCUGUAGAAAUUUGCUCAGAGAAUGGGAAUUUCUCAGUCUGGUAUUCCGAAAAUGUUGUGUUUUGAAGUCAUGUAGCCCGAAGCGGUCUUUUACAGUGUCUGCUCCCCCCUUUCUAUCAGGCUGGCUGCAUAUUCCACGAAGGCUAUUCGAUUGUGUACUUUUUUCUAUUCUGUUUUAAUUUGCUACAGUUUGCACUGAAGAGAAGAUGGCACACCCUAUUGAACGCUUUCUAGUUGUCAUUACAACAUUACGUGACAUUUUAAUGUUUCAUUUUUUUGAUAUUUAUUUUUGGAAUCAGUAAUCAAUAAUCAGUAUUAUUGUGUACAGGAAGUCUCAUUGUGAGAAUAUUCUGGAUAUGAAUAUUGUUUGUGCCAAUUAUCAAUACUCCACUGUAAUUAAGGAUGACAGUCAUGUACCAAUAACUGCUACUAAUAAAGAAAACAUAUUACACUCCUUA